AUAUUUUGUUAUCUGUAAUUUAUAAUUUUUUGAAACGAUUCUUUUUAAAUAUGUGUUUCUUUGGCAUCGUAACGCGUUUCUUGAUCAUUGUCUUUGGUAUACUGCUGCCGGCUCGCUACACCCACAAUGCGCUUGGCAAGGACGAAUUGAACGGCUGGGCCAAAUAUUGGAUUGUCUACGCAUGCCUGGUGACCAUCGAGCUAUUUGGCGAUACGUUCCUCCACUGGGUACCACUGUAUAUGGAGUCGAAGCUCUUGAUUGUACUCUGGCUGGUUGUGACGGCGCCACAGGCCAGCGUCUGGGUCUUCGAUUCGAUUCUGAACCCAUUGCUGCAGCGCUAUAUGCCGCGCAUCGAUAACUUCGUGCAGUACGGCAAGCGCAAUUUGAUGGCCGAUUUCAUGAGCUACGCCACGCAGAUAUGCGUCAAGUGUCUGGAUGCAAUAUUGCCCGUGAUCUCAAGACUGUGGAAGAAGCAACUGAAGGCGGUUGUCCCACACAUUCCGCAGGUGCUGGACUCGGCCACCGAGGCGAAUAAUCCUCCGUUUCAAGACCGGGAUGCGACCAACCAUAGAAAUGUCUUGUAUGACUCCAGUUUGAACGAAGACGAGAUGGAUGACACACUGCCGCUCUCAUACUCAAACUCCAUGGUCCCGAAUCAAAGGAAACUAUCGAAACUUUCGCUGCAGACAGAGCUGAAUACGAAAUUGAGCGAUAAGCCAAAUCGAGGUCACCGACGGCAGCAAUACGUCCCGGAAUUGCCCAACGACGACUCGAACCAAUAUGAAGAUCCGCUCCUAGGCAUGGAGGACCUGCUGAAAAGCGAACGCCAUGCCAUUGAAAUGCAAAAUCGUACAAUGACCGUGCGCAAGGACAAUCGUCAUCGCAUCUAGUUCAGAGUUUAUCAGAACAGGCAAACAGCAUUACGUAUUUCUAUAAAUUCUUUGUUAGACGAUCAUUCACUAUUCGACGUAAGAUCUGGCACGGGGUGUUCGGUCCAUAAAUAUUUGUUUUGAAUCUUA